AGUCAAGAGAGACGACCUGGUAUUGUCGCUCCGCAACGACACAAGUUUGUAACACAGCUUUGCCAAUAACAUCUGGCAAACCAUCUMUCAAAAGACCGAGAUAUGUCAAAUUCAGUCGUGAUUGCAAGCAUCGCUCGCACUCCCAUAGGUAGAUUCUGUGUAAGCGCGAGAUGGAUGUCAGGGAAUUUUAUGCAAUAAUAACUGCCUGUUACGUGAACUAACGCAUUUCUUAUCUCUGCAUGCUUCCCGAUGUUAACAAUCUUUUUCUUUGUAGGGAAGUUUCGCUGGGUUGAGAGGAUCAGAGUUGGCAUCGGUGAGUGUUGCGAAUCAUGUGUAACACCUUGUCCUACCGAAAAUCUAUAAUAUCCCACUCCGGAGAACAGAUAUUARCAUCRCCAUUAAUCUCGCUUUCGUUCUCAUUUCUAUAGUCAGCGAUCCGGGGUGCGUUGGCCAAGGUUCCGGAUGAUUUGCUCGUUUCAGAAUGCAUUAUGGGYAAUGUGGUGAGUUGUCGGAAACGCCGAAAGUGAGGGAUCGAAGGAGGAAGAGCGACCGACUAAACUCUCUUCCGUUUGUCUUUGCCCCCGUUGAGUGCAGGUGAGUGCAGGGAUGGGUCAGGCUCCCACCCGACAAGCGGUAUUGUAUGCCGGCCUCCCAGAAACAACUAUCUGCACAACUAUCAACAAAGUUUGCGCAUCUGGGAUGAAGAGUGUCAUGAUGGCAAGCCAGGCCUUGAAAUGUGGCCAGAGAGGAGCUAUUUUGGCGGGAGGCUUUGAGAGCAUGUCUAACAUUCCUCACUAUUUGAAAGCUUCUCGAAGUGGUACAAAAUUAGGAAACACGGAACUCGUAGAUGGAGUCGUCUAUGAUGGACUAUGGGACAUUUAUAAUGACCAGCACAUGGGGAUGUGCGGUGAGAAAUGCGCCAAAGAUUAUGCUUUUUCUAGAGAAGAUCAGGACGAAUAUGCCAUUGAAUCGUAUAGGAGAGCGCAGGCAGCUUUGGUGGAAGGAGUUUUCGAAGAAGUAAUCCCAGUUGAAAUUCCACAACGCAGAGGUAAUCAACUWGUGGUGAAUGAGGACGAAGAACCAGGAUCUAUGAAACUGGAUCGGAUCGCAAGUUUGAAACCAGCCUUCRAUCGAACCAACGGAACAAUCACUGCUGCCAACGCYAGUAGCCUCAAUGAUGGGGCAUGUGCUAUGGUUCUCAUGACCGAGCAGGAUGCUCUAGAUAAGGGUAUCAACCCAAUAGCAAAGAUAAGGGGCUUUGGCGAUGCAGCGCAAGCUCCCGUUGAAUUUACAACGACGCCCUCCCUUGCAGUUCCURUGGCCUUACAGAAUGCCGGAGUCGAGGCAUCUGACGUGGACUAUCACGAAAUCAACGAAGCCUUUAGCGUUGUUGCAUUGGCAAACAUGCAAUUGUUGAACCUAGAUCAAUCAAAGGUCAAUGUAUUUGGAGGUGCUGUAUCAUUAGGCCACCCGAUCGGUAUGUCUGGAGCAAGAAUCAUAGGAACGCUUUACAAUGUCCUGAAGCACAAAGAYGGAAACAUCGGGUGUGCUUCUAUAUGCAACGGAGGUGGCGGUGCUUCCGCAAUUGUGAUAGAACGUUUACAGUAAAGAUAGUCGAGCUMUUUUGCGUUUUCC